AUGGCACCGACCACCACCACCAAGACUGUGGAGGAACCUCCCAAGACCCAGCCCCAGUCUCAGCCUCAGUCCCAGUCCCAGCCCCAGUCCCAGUCGCCGUCUCAAUCUAAGCCUCAGACUCAGCAGCCGCCUAAGGAGGAGGAGACCCCCGCCGACCUUGCUUCAAUGCCAGACCACAUCGACCAGAACACAUUCGACCAGAUCCUCGAGAUGGACGACGACGACGACGACCGGGAUUUCAGUAAGGGCAUUGUUUUGGGCUUCUUCGAUCAGGCGGAAAGCACCUUCGAGAAGAUGGAGAAGGCCUUAGAGGACAAGAAACUGGCAGAGCUGUCGUCACUCGGUCACUUCCUGAAAGGAUCGUCGGCCACUCUGGGCCUGAUCAAGGUCAAGGACGCAUGCGAGAAGAUUCAGCACUUCGGCGCCGGCAAGGACGAGACGGGCUCGACCGACGAACCCGACGAUGAGGUGUCCCUGAAGAAAAUUGACAAGACUCUCACACAGGCCAAGAAGGACUACAAGGAAGUAGAGAAAUCCCUCCGCAAAUUCUUCGGGGAAUCCUAA